GAAAAGCUUUAGCGAAUAUCGACUAACGAAUAUCGAAGUUCGUAAUAUUUGGGCGAAUUAUAAAUAUCUUAUCUAUCAGUCUAUCACUAUCUCAGGUAUCGAAAAAUCUUUGAUACAAUAUAUAAUAUACUUUAUCGACAGAGACAACUACUGUUCUGUGUAAUAUACGUAGCAUGCCGUCUAUUCGUUGUUCGAGGAAACCUUCCACUGAUUCCUAUACAUCUGUUGAUUCAUCUAAUUCUUCACCCAAAAAGAGACCCAUGUGGCAGACAAUACUGAUAAUUGUAGGGAUUGUGAUUUUUGUUCUAGCCUUUCUAAUUUUCCUAGCCAUAUGGGUAGCAGUGCCGAUAGCUUUCAUGCAGUCGCUUUCCUUUCAAAAAUUCAUGAUAUUCAUAAACAUCGAUGCCCCGAAGGAUCCCGACUACAACAACCCCCAAAAAUACGGCAUGGAGAGCGUGGUCAACUUCCACAUCACGACCCAGGACCUAGACAACACCACGUUGGUCAGCAUCGGCAGCUGGAUGAUCGUCCACGAGGAUGAAAUGGACACCUUCAGCAGCAGCACGCAGUCGAGCGACACUGCCUCCGAAAUUGUUACAAACACGAAGAAGCCGGUGAUUAUUUACAUGCACGGCGUCGCCUGUAACAGGGUGAAGCCCCUGGCCACAUAUAAGGUGCUCAGGAAGUUCUUUCUGGUCAUAGCGCCAGAUCACAGAGGAUAUGGAGAUUCUGGGCUCGACGCGGAUCUUUCGGAAGACGGGAUCGUCAGCGACACCGUCCAACUGUACAAAUGGGUUAGGUACAAGACGAGCAACAUGAUCUACUUCUGGGGUCAUUCGCUGGGUUCGGCUUUGGCGACGCAUGCUGUUAAAAUCCUCAAAGAGCAGGACGGCAUUAUCCCCACGGGCCUUGUACUCGAAUCCCCUUUUACUACUAUGAGGGAUGAGAUGAUAAAUCAUCCUUUGGGCAAGAUAUACAAAUGGCUAGCUUAUUUUAACCAAACUAUUCUGGAUCCACCGGAAAGAAAUGGCAUGCUGUUUCUAAGUACAACCAACAUUUUGUACGUGGAUUGCCCCAUAAUGAUAAUGCACGCCGAAGAUGAUAACGUUAUUCCGUACUUCCUAGGUAAAACGCUAGCUGAGAUUGCCAAAAGUCAAAGAGACUUACAAACCCAAGGGAACGUGACCUACCACCAGUUCCCAUCUGUGGGUUAUCAACAUAUAGGCAUAACAGAUGAUCCAAAUGUUCCCCAGUACAUCACGGAGUUUAUGCAAGAAUGUGUUGAAGCCGACAAAGGAAGGGGUUAAAUAGACUGUAGGCACUAGGGUACCUAAUGCUUAAUAGUCCGGGAGCCAGCCAGUUAUUUUCUAGAUAAAAAAAUUUGAGUUUACAUGACAGUUUUUACCCCAACUAAGGUCAGGCAGUGAUAUGAAACUCCUAGAGCGGUAAUGGUGGGUACCACCCUACCCUCCAACGCGUAUGCAUAUUAAAAAAAAUUUGUAAUCUUUAAAUAAACCAAACUCAAGUAUAAGGCAUUUGAUGCUGUGUUUAGUCGAUUAAAGCUAGUCAGCUGGCUCGUUGAUGGUAAUUAGUACGUCAGCUGACCGUCGGAACAGGUGAGAUGAAAAAAUAAUUGAAAAUUAUUUUUUAUGUACUGAAAUUGAAAUAUAUUGCAACUUAUAGUGCAUAUAGGGCCAUAAAAAUAGUCAGCUGGCCAAUCGUUGGUAAUAAGAUCGUCAGCUGAGGCAAUCAAA